UUCCUUUUUUACCCAAGCGUGUUUUUCUAACCUAGCUUAGACUAAACCCAACCUCUCACUGCAAUGGCAGACUCCGACUCCAUCUCGCAAACUGUUGAGGAAGACUUCCUAUAGACUCGCUCUUACGUUUUAUGUGCGUCUCCAGAGGUUUUAAGAGUCGUAUUGGCAGUUCUGAGUUUGCUAAAGUUCAACUCAAGGAGUCAUUAAAAUGCAACUUCAGCCUCAAAGACUCGCUCAUCAACAGUUCCAAUCUUUUUGUGCUUGUGGGGAAACAUUGUGAUUCGGGUACGUCAUUUUAUACCUUAUCUAUAGCUUCCCUCUGCUCCGGAUCAAUUGCCCCAAGAGAGCUGAAAAAUCCGGUAAAAUCUGCUGAUUGUGUCACAACUAUCCUUGGAUCGUGCCAUGGGCUUUUGUUGAUGACCAAUAACACUUCUUCAAACACUAUUUCCUACGACAUGCCAUUGAAUAACCCUAACCGUGAUCUUAGCUUGUGGAAUCCUUCCACAGGGUAUCACAGGGAGAUACCCCUUCAUGAAUCAAAAAAUGGGAAUAGGUUUUGUAUGGGCAUUGGAUAUGAUCUCCUGCUUAACGAUUAUAAGGUUGUCCGUAUUGGGCCUUAUCCUCGUCCUGUUGAGAUGUUCAGUCUGAAACAGAAUACCUGGAGAGCAAUUGGGCAACUUAUGUUUCAGCCCGUGGGAAGAGGUACAUAUCUCAAUGGAAAGCUACACUGGACAGCGAAGCACACUUUUGAAUCUUGUAAGAACUAUGAAUCUAGUCUUAAGAACCCGAAUGAACGAAUAACAAUGCGGGCUAGACAUGAACCCCGAGUCAUUGUGGCAAUUGAUCUUGGUAUGGACACUCUGAAUGUCCAGCUUAUACAGGCUCCCCCCUCUAUUGAAAAAUCGUCCAAAAUGUUUCUGACGGUUUUGGGAGGCACUCUCUGUGCUAUUUUGUUUCAUCCUUUUAAAAAAGUUAGGGAGACAUGGGUAAUGAAGGAAUAUGGAGUUGAGGACUCCUGGAAAAUGAUAAUGGCAGUAGAAGCGGCAGAAGAAGCUUCUCGUGGUGAUUCAUAUGGAUAUAGAAUGCCAUUGCCAGUCCCCCUAGCAUAUUCUGAAAACAAAGAUGACAUUCUUUUCGACCAUCAUGGUCAGAUGUUCAUUUGGGCUAGUAAAAUAGAGGGUGAAUUAAGGUUUGAUAAAAGGAUCCUUAAUACUCAAGUCUUUCCAAGUACUGGCUGUGAGGUUUAUAUGGGAAGCUUGGUUCCCUACACUUCUGAGGAGGACAAAGAAAAUCACCACAGUGAUGAGCCCAAAGAAGAGGGGGAGGACAAGGACUGCAGUUUGAGAGAGGGGAAAGAGAGUUAUUACCGGUCAGAUUGAAGAGAGUGGAAGUUUCUUCCCUGCUAUGAGUGAGCAUGAGGAAGAGUGCUCUUGAGUUUAAGAAGGGAGGAAGAAUAGAGAGCCCUUUCAGUUUAUCUCUGGGUCUGCUCUAUGCAUAUAUAUAGGUGGUACAGUAUCUGACUUUUUUCUUUUGUUUGCAAAACAAAUGGAGGUAGAGAUUGGAAGUUUAACUGUUCUUGAAAGUGCUAUUCUGCUAUCUGGUCUUAAUUUGUGAAAGCCACCAGAUGAAGUAUGGUACUAUAACUACUUACGAUAGCUACUUACUCGCAAGUUACAUUGAAUCCUCACCUACUUAUAUAGUAGAGUGGUCUUUUGGCUGCUGGAAACUUCUGGUUAGCAUAUAUGAUCAAUAUUUUGCCUGUUGGUUUUAGUGCUGA